ACUUAAUUCUCAUAAAAGAAUCCACACAGAAGAGAAACCAUAUAAAUGCGUAGAGUGUGGAAAGAGCUUUAUUAACAAAUGGCAUCUUAUUUCCCACCAAAGGAUGCACACGGGGGAAAGACCAUAUAAAUGCAGACAAUGUGGGAAAGCAUUCACUCGGAAAAGUGGCCUUAUUAGUCAUGAAAGAAUCUAUAAAGGAGAGAAACCAUUUCAAUGUACAGAAUGUGGAAAGAGCAUUACUUGGAAAGGACAACUGAAUUCUCAUGAGAGAAGCCACACAAGGCAGAUAUCCUGUAAUUGCCUGGAGUGUGGAAAGAGCUUUAUUGACAAAUAGCAGCUUAGUUUCCACCUGAGGAUGCACACAAAGACCAUAUAGAUGCAUGGAGUGUGGCAAAGCUUUCAUCACAACUCAGAACUUAUUCAUCAUAAGAGGACCCACACUGGGGAGAGACCUUAUAAAUGCAUAAAAUGUGGAAAAGCCUUUACUCAGAAAAGUGAUCUUAUUAGUCAUGAAAGAAUCCAUACAAGGGAGAAACCAUUUCAAUGCACAGAAUGUGGAAAGAGCUUUGCUCAGAAAGGACAACUGAAUUCUCAUGAGAGAAUCCACACAGGAGAGAGACCAUAUAAAUGCUUUGAGUGUGGAAAAGCGUUUACUCAGAAAAGUGGUCUUAUUCGUCAUGAAAAAAUCCAUACAAGGGCGAAACCAUAUCAGUGUAGCAUGUGGAAAGAGCUUUGCUGAGAAAGGACAACUUAAUUCUCAUGAAAAAGCUCACACAGAAGAGACCAUA